GUUGGCCAAGUUGUUGUCUGUAGUAGUUGCCCCGAGAAGUGUGCCAUGAUGUUGUUGCAGAACAACGGAGGUAUCCUGCCGCUGAUCCUGCUGACGCUGUCCGCGUCUCCUUCGUGGGCCGCCUACAAGCUGCAGGAGAGGUACAGCUGGAACCAGCUGGACUUUGCCUUCCCGAACUCCAGGCUCAAGGAGCAGGCCCUGGCCAGCGGCGACUACAUCCCCCAGAAUGGACUGCCCGUCGGCGUCGAGCACUUUGGCAACCGGCUCUUUGUCACCGUUCCCCGCUGGCGAGAUGGCAUUCCGGCCACUCUGACCUAUAUCAAUAUGGACCACAGCCUCACUGGCUCACCGGAACUGAUUCCGUAUCCGGAUUGGCGGGCAAACACGGCCGGAGAUUGCGCGAAUAGCAUCACCACGGCAUAUCGCAUCAAGGUGGACGAGUGCGGACGUCUUUGGGUGCUGGACACCGGCACCGUGGGCAUUGGGAACACCACCAGGAACCCCUGUCCGUACGCGGUGAAUGUCUUUGACCUGACCACGGACACUCGCAUCCGGCGCUACGAGCUGCCGGCAGUGGACACCAAUCCGAACACAUUCAUAGCCAACAUUGCGGUGGACAUUGGCAAGAACUGCGAUGAUGCCUAUGCCUAUUUUGCGGACGAGCUGGGCUACGGAUUGAUUGCGUAUUCCUGGGAGCUGAACAAGUCCUGGCGCUUCUCGGCGCACUCGUACUUCUUCCCGGAUCCCCUGCGGGGUGACUUCAACAUCGCCGGCAUCAACUUCCAGUGGGGCGAGGAGGGCAUCUUCGGGAUGUCCCUGUCCCCCAUCCGGUCGGAUGGGUUCAGGACGCUGUACUUCAGCCCCCUGGCCAGCCACCGGCAGUUCGCCGUCUCCACGAGGAUCCUGCGGGACGAGACCCGCACGGAGGACAGCUACCACGACUUUGUGGCCCUGGAUGAGCGCGGUCCGAACGCCCACACCACGUCCCGGGUGAUGAGCGACGACGGGGUGGAGCUGUUCAACUUGAUCGACCAGAAUGCCGUCGGAUGCUGGCACUCCUCGAUGCCGUACUCGCCGCAGUUCCACGGCAUCGUGGACCGGGACGACGUCGGUCUGGUCUUCCCCGCCGACGUCAAGAUCGAUGAGAACAAGAACGUGUGGGUCCUCUCGGAUCGGAUGCCCGUCUUCCUGCUCUCCGACCUGGACUAUGCGGACACCAACUUCCGGAUCUACACAGCCCCGCUGGCAACGCUCGUGGAGAACACCGUUUGCGAUCUAAGGAACAAUGCCUACGGACCCCCAAAUACGGUUUCCAUUCCGAAGCAGCCUGCUCUGCCGAUUGGUCCUCCCCUGUACACCAAACAGUAUCGUCCUGCCCUGCCCCUGAAGCCUCAGACGAGCUGGGGACCAUCACCUCCUCCUCCGAUUCCGCCCAGUCGCACCUACUUGCCGGCCAAUCCGGGACCAGUCUCCAGCGUUAGCGUCUCCACGAACACCGUGGGCCCGGCCGGAGUGGAGGUGCCCAAGGCGUACAUCUUCAACCAGCACAAUGGCAUCAACUACGAGACCAGUGGCCCCCACCUCUUCCCCACCCACCAGCCCAUGUCUCCUGUCCAGGAUGGUGGCCUAAAGACCUACGUCAAUGCCCGCCAGUCCGGCUGGUGGCACCACCAGCAUCAGGGUUAGGUCAGCGGAUCACGGAUCACGGAUCACGGAUCGCAAAUCCCAGACAAAAACCGGAUACGGGACACAACACAGCACACUUCAUUCACACUCGCUUCUUCUAGGAUAGAUUUAAAGACCGGAAAGGGAAAGGGAUGUGAGAGCCACGAGAAGGAUCAGCAUCAUCAUCAGCAGCACCAGGAAGCAAGGAGGAUAUUUAAUAGAUUCACAGAUGAGGAGAAUGUUACCUAGUUAUUCGUUAUUUAAACAAGAAAUAA